AUGGAGGGAAGGCCCCGCCCCGGCCGAGGCCCCGCCCCCUCCCUCGGCGCCGUGUGUACAAACACAAAAGGCACGCCGCUCGCCGUGGGGGAUUCCCGCCCCCGCCGGGCGCUUAACGGCCGCGCAACGGCGCCCAGCGGCGCGCGGGGCCUCGCUGCGGAGGGCGAGGGGGAAAGACGAGACUGGCGGGGAGCCGGACCCGCCCAACCCGCCGCUCGUGGAGCUGCGCGGAGGAGGGCGGGAAAUGGGCGAGAAGCGGCCGUGCCGCUCCUGGGGUCCGGCCCGGAGCGCGCGGUGCCGUCCCUCACGAACGUGCGGGUGCCGCGGGCAGCCCCCCGCCCGGCCCGGCGCCCUCUGCCGCCGUCCCGCCGCCCCGCGCCGCCAUUGGCCGAGCGCCUGGAAUUCCGUGACGUGGCGGCGCGGCGCCCGCCCCCCGGCCCGCCCCUUCUGCUCGGCGGCCUCGCCUCGCCUGCCCUCUUUUCCCCGGCUCGGCAGCUGGCGGGAACGCGCCGAGGGCUGUCGCGGAGCUUCGGUCCUCGGCUGUAG